AUGAAGCAUAUCUUUGAUGUCAUUAUCGUCGGCAUGGGCCCUGCUGGGCUUGCCGCCGCCGCCAAACUCGAGGACUCGGGUCUUUGCUUUGCUAUUCUCGAUUCUGGAAAGACGGCCUCCAAGCGAGAUCGACACGAUGCCACGGACGCCACGAGUGGUAAUGGAGGUGCUGGACUCUUCUCUGACGGGAAGUUCUCGUUCUUCCCCUCUGCAACCGAGUUGUGGACACUGGAGGAUCAGAAUGCCUUGAAAGAGGCUUACACGUGGACCUGUAACAGGCUCGGUGCUGCGGGUCUUGAUACACCUCCCUUUCCCGAGAGCCCGAAACAAUACGCAUAUAAGGGUCCUGAUGGCUUGAAGGACUUGGAUUUCGUCUUGAAGGCGUACCCCUCUGAUUAUCUUUCCUUGGAGGCACGAAUGAAUCUUAUCGAUGACAUGGUCGGCCGUAUAAGAGGUCAGAUCUUCAACGAAUGCCACGUUGACGAUGUGCAGUACGAUGCAGUGGCAGACAACUUCACGCUCAAGGUUAGAGAUGUCAGCAAGAACCACAACCGCGCUCUCUCUGAUCUCUGUGCUCGUCGAAUCAUCGUCACAACCGGUCGUUUUGGGCCUCUAGGCAACGGCCUGAUGGAUCUUACUGAGCAUUCAAACUUCCGCCGGCUGGAGGUUGGAUUCCGUAUUGAGCAAUCGAGUGAUCGGGCUUUCUUCCGGGAUAUGAAGCAGCUCGAUCCUAAGUUGCGAUUCCAAGAGAUUGAAAAGGGCAUGGAAUGGCGUACAUUCUGUGUUUGUCGCCAGGGAGAAACAGUGCUUACUGAGACGAAGGGUCUCUGGACUGUUUCCGGACGCUCAGACUGUCCACCUACCGGCCGAUCGAAUUCUGGCUUCAACACUUUGAUCCUUGAUGAGGAUACCGCGAGGGACUUAACCCUGCCGGCUAUUAAGGCUAUGAUGAAGCCUGGCUCUCACUUUGAGCUUCCCAUGACAGGCCUUCUCCAAGAAGACGAGUGUGUUACCGGUAAAUUCGACAAGAUUUAUGGUCGUGAGUUGCGUCUUGCCAUGGCCAAGGGUUUGUCGCGUCUUGCUAAAAAGUUCCCUGAUCUGGGUACGGACGAGAACGCGAAAUUGAUUGGGCCUACUUUGGAGGGUGUUGGAUGGUAUCCUAAGGUCUCUGGUCGUUUGAAGCUGCUUGAUGCCCCUGCUUAUGUUUCUGGGGAUGCUUGUGGUUUGUUCCGUGGUAUUGUGGCUGCAAUGAUUAGUGGACAUUACUCUGCUGCUGCUCUGAUGGAGGAGAUGGUUUGA